UACUGCGAUAAACAUGGUGGACAUGAUAAACAUGACAAUAACUAAGAAUACAGUUUGUAUCAAAGAUAUAGCAUUUUCUCUCGAAUCAUAUCCAGGCAAUCAUUUCGUAAUAUCUUUUCAAUGCCCAUCUAUUUCUCAUUUUAUUGCUGUUUCUAUUCUUAAAACUUCACACGAAGGUGUUUGUGAUCAAAAGCCUUGUUUCUUUCUUUUCAAGACUAUGCUCGGAUGUUUAUUAGAAACAAAAUCAAAAUGUGACGAUAAAUCUUGCUUUCUGCAUAAAAUUAGUCAGCGUAGGAUCGCUUGUUUGGCAGAAUAUUUAUGGAAGACCAUGACAACUGAGGUUAAAUCCUAA